CCCUCUAAUUUCAGGCAACCUCAGCCAUGGGGAAGAGCGAGAAGAAGGGAAAGAAAGGAUCAAAGAAGAAGAAAGGAAGUAAAAAAUCUCAGGAAGACAAAAUGACGUUUGCUGAAGCUCUCCUGGCCUAUCAAAUUCAGAUGAAGGAGUCUAUGAUCGAAGAACUCUUGGCUGAGGUGAAACAAAUAGAAGAAAAGAAUACGAGAUACAAGGAACGGAAUGAACGUCUAAAGGCCGAGCAGACGGGACAUGUCAACGAACUCUUAAGUGAGGCCAAAUCCCAGGAACGGGAACUGGCUAAGAAAGAGAUCGUCAACCGGGAACAAGUAGACGAGCUGAUGAAAGAGAAAUGGGAUUUUAUUCGGCAAAAGGAGAAUCUGCUGGAAGAGAACAGCAGAGAAAUAUUGCAUCUGGAGAAGCAGAUUACAGUGGCAAAGACAGAGAGGGAUUAUUGGCUGGAAUAUAAGAAUGUGGGGAGCCCAGAGCAUGCCAAACAGAUUCAUCUCCUGCAAGAGGACAUCAAGCAUAUGUCACAGAACUUCACAGAGAUAAAUGAACAUUUCAGAAGAAGCCUGGAGAUGACAAAAGACAAGAUAGACCAGGAGACCGAGAGGAAGAUGGGUCUGACAAGAGAGAUGGCCACAUUGGACGCAGUGAAGCAUAUUGACCUGGAAAGCCAGAAAGAAAUCCAAGAGAAUGAGUGGAUGAAGAAAGAGGUUGCAAUUUACAGUAAAGACAUUCAGGAUCUGGAGAAGACUGUUUAUAAGACGGAGCAGGAAAAUUUGCAAUUAAUAAGUCAUCUUUUCAAUUGCCGGCUUCAGGAUCUAAAAAUAUCCAGGAAUGUCUUCCUAACGCAGGUGGUUGGGUUGGAUCCACCAGAAGAUAUAGAGCACAGAUCGGUCAAACAGGAUCUGGACAUAACCUCCGAUGAUAAAGGUGAGGACGGGGAGCUCGCCACCUCUGAGGGUAGAGAUUCCCAGAUAUCGCUUGAUCUGAAACACUUACUGCACGAGGAUGAAAAGGAUUUCAAAGAAUACUUACACCUGGGCCCACUGGAGCUAAAAUUGUUAAGCAUCGACGGACAAGCUGUGCCACUACACAAGGAGAAUGCAGAGGCCAAACAUUCAAAUGAAGGAAUGUCCCCUCAGGAUAAACUGCAAUGGCCAGUCACACCAAGGAUGAUAAAAUCCGCUUUUCCAUCUUAACCAAAAUGUUACUCUUCCAACAAGUUACUGUAUGUAGAAUAAAUGUGCAUGUCAUUCA